CGGCCUUCGCUCCAUUUCUCUCCGCCGCACACGCCUCCCUUGCUUAGCACACCGCUCACGUUCCUUGCGCCUCCGAUGCAAUAGCAGCCCCCAACGGUCAACCGCCGACUGCUGCCUUUGCAUGCCACGCGACCAUCUAAUUACGGCCCUUCGGUCCACCUAUCUCGCCGCUUUUUGCACCAGACUCGCCGAGCGCCCCGGUCCUCGACGGGAAAGCCGCCUCGCGCACUUCGACGGCCAGAAACUCAACCAUGACCAGCGCCCUUCCGCCGGAUCCCUGGAAAGCUCUCGGUAUCGAGAGGAGUGCGGAUAAGUCUGAGAUUCGGUCUGCGUACAAGAAGCUUGUGCUGCAGUGCCACCCGGACAAGGUGCAAGACCCGACGCUUAAGGCCAAGAAGCAGGAGGAGUUUCAACAGGUGCAGCAGGCAUACGAGCUGCUUAUUGACGAUGCCGAGAAGGCCAAGUACGAGCAGAAGCUCAAGCUCGCUGAGCUGCAGCGGGCUGCUACCAAGCUGCACCAGGAUGUGAAGCGCUCCCCCAACACCUCGGUCCCGCGCUCCUCGACGAAGUACACCACCUAUGACAUCCGGACCGCCGAGCCCACCUCGCGUUACAAGAGCUCUCCGUCCGGCGGGAAGGUGUACACACACUACACAGCCACGCACACUCGGUCGCACGAGGAGGUACCCUCUUCCCGAACUUAUCCGCUGUAUGAAGAGAGCGACAAGCAGGCGCGGAGAGCUGCGAGCUACGAGAAGCCGUCCAAGAGGGAUGAAGAGAGGCGCGAACGCGACAAGGAAGACCGCCGGCGUAGAAAAGAGGAAGAGGAAUUCAGUAGGUUGAGAGAAAAGGAGCGGGAUCGGGAGCGCGAAAAGGAGAGAGAAAAAGAGAGGGAAAAAGAGAGGGAAAAAGAGAGGGAAAAAGAGAGGGAAAAAGAGAGGGAAAGAGAGCGGGAAAGAGAGCGGGAAAGAGAGCGGGAAAAGGAGAAGGAGCGCGAGCUCCGCAGGGCCGAGAAGAAGCGGCUUGAGAAAGAGCGGGAGAAGGAACGUCGACGGGAAGCUGACGAGAAGGCGCGGCGGCACAGGCCCUACGUAGAACCCUACGCGGACGCCUACGUCGAGAUGCCCUACGUGGAGGAACUUUGGCUCGAGGACGAGAGGUACGUCUCGUCGCGGUCAGAGAAGAAGCGCUCGUCGAGCCGGAGACACGACGAGACGCGCGACCAGGAACGGGAGCGCGACAAGUCAAGCUCGCGCCGAACCAGGUCUCCGCAUCCGAGCAGCGACCGGAAGCACACAGACCUCUUUGCGCACGCCACGAAUUACGUGACCAGCUCUGGCAGCUCUCUGCCAGCAGAAAGGCACGCCUUCUGGAAGUCGCAGAGUUCGCCGGACUCGUACCUGACGCCUCCGGCGCCGACACCCCCGCCCGUCGACUUCGAGGAAGAUAGCGUCCGACGCUCGUCUGCACGCGCCGCGGGUCGUCGCUCUUCCAACGAUCCAGCGAGGUCUCGGGAGAAGCUGAAAUACGACCUCGACGCCGCCUCGAGUCCCCGGCCGAUUCCCACGCUCAAGCAAUCUUACAGCUCACCGCCUCCGGCCCCUGAAUCGCCUCCGCGCCUAAGCCGGUCACAGACCACGCACGAAUCGUACAGCAGGACAGCAGUCCCGUCCCUACAACGGGCGCAGACGUGGGGCCAGGGCGUGGCUGUCGAGCGCGCCGCACCCGACGUCUACGACGACUACGGGUCGGACGACGACCACGACCGGCGCCACCGGCGCAGCAGCCGCCGCACGCGCUCGCCCUCCUCGCCGGCCACGCACCGGUACAAGGCCGAAGGCAUCAAGACUUCCAAGCUGGACAGCUCGCAGUACGCCUACGGCGAGUCCCCGUCCUCGGCGCGCAGAUAUGCCGCCGACGUGCUUGACGACCGCGUCGCGCACUCGCCCUCGUCUACGACGUACGUGGGGACGCCCUUCCGGGUCAGGGAGUCGAAAGUCUACGGCCCGGCGGAUGUCAAGUAUUCGGACUACGCCACGCCGUACUACUCCAGCCAUGUGCAUGAGGGGUAUCCCCUCCCGGCAUGAGCGGCAUUCCUUUUCUCUGUGCCCUGCAACACGGCACGGCGAGGGCGAUGAUCCCGCUGUUUCUCAUGCUCGGAAUGUAUUUCCGACCUGUCUUUGUUCCAUUUCGUAUAAUCUUUAAUGAGUGGAUGAUACGGUAAGCGCUGGGAUGACAGGAAUCUGAUUUCCCCUCCGUGUGUUCCUUCCUGUCG